GAUCAUUCAGCUAAUUUGGCAGGAAGUCUACAAAUUGUCUCAGCUCCAGUGUGAUCCAGAUCAUUCAGUCAUGGUGAAUCAUCUCUACCUAGGUGUGAUAAUUGUGGCUGUUUUUGCAACGACAGUUGCCAAUGCAGAGAUCAAUGUAGUCUGUGCAAAAGACUCAGUAAAAAUCUCAUGGAGGAUCAGCCCAGAGUUGGUGCCACAUGCAUCUCGUCUCUUCCUGGGAAACUGUAUGGCCUCUCAGUUUAAUGUUCUGCCCACCGGAGAGGGGGAAGCUAAGUUUAACUACAAGUUUCCAGAGUGCAAAUUUAAAAAACUGAUGAAAGGGAAAAAGCUGUUGUACCAAAAUGAGCUGACUUACAGACCACAACCUAAAUCAAAACCUGCUGCCUUUGUGUACCCCAUUGAGUGCACUUUUAAGAGACCUGAGGGCUGGGUCCCCCCUUUCCUGAACCCUGGAUCAGGUGUUUCUGAAGGUCGAGGAGGGCUGGUCUUCCACAUGGCGCUCCUCGAUGAGCAAUUAUCAGGUAUAGCAAAGACUAAUGUCAUCCCACUGGGGUCCUUCAUGCCAAUAUGGGCAUCAGUGGAGCAGAAGUCCCAUCAGCCCUUGCUGCUGCUCAUGGAGGAAUGUGUGGCCACCACCACACCACAGCUGCAGCCUGGAGCUCAGAUUUACCCCAUCAUAACUAAUAAGGGGUGUCUGAUGGAAAGCAUGAACGGAAACUCAAUGUUCCUCCCUCGGUAUCACUCAUCUGGCAUCACCCUUUACCUGCAGUCCUUUAAGUUUGGUCUUGGAGAGGAGGUGUACAUUCACUGUAAACUGGUGGCAUGGGACCCACAACUUCUAGAUGAAAGCAAGAAGGCCUGCCAUUACCAGAAGCAGAACAUGAGAUGGGAACUACUUGAUGACCCCUCCCAAAGCUCUGUCUGCAGCUGCUGCGAUUCAACCUGCAGGUCCCGCUCCAGAAGAGGGAUCCAAUCAGAAUCCCACGGCUUUAGCUACAAUUCAGUGUUGGGACCACUGAUCAUCGUGGAUCCAUCUGACCAAGUGACCCAUGGCGUGUCAGGAAAGGCUGCUCUCAGCUGAGGGAGGCUCUUGUGAUUGGGAGAAGAAAACCUCAGUCCUGACUUCAAGAUGUUUUUGACUCUAGUUUCAUUAAUAUUAAUAAAUCUAGCUCCUUAAAGUCUG